CAGCUGUUCUUCUGCGCUGCGCAUCUGGUUCCGCUUCCUCCCUCCCAGGGAAGUGAAAGUGGAGGAGAGGGCGCUACACGAAGCUAGCUAGCUGUGCCCGGCACCCUACACCCUGGAGCUCCCACGGGCGCCCAAGUCAGAGCACCCUUCCUUCCUGCUACGGUCACGCGGCUGCUGGCGCUGCUGCCGUCACGUUCUCGGCAGUCUGUGCGCGCGCCUCUCUCGGCCCUCUGGCCCUUUGCUCAGCCACCUCCCCCGCGGCGCGUCCUCUGCCCCAGCCCCGACUUCCCGUCCUCCGGCAUGUGGGCGUUGGGACCCAGGGUGGCUCCAGUGCCGGCGUUUUCUCCAAGGGAGAAGGGGCUUUAUUCGAUAGGCCUCUACUCGGACUGGGUGAGGGUAGGCCUGGAUGCACAAGUUCUGCUGAUCCGGAGCCAGCCACUUGCCUGUAGAGGGUGUCAUCUAACGGCUUUUGCCUGUAGCCUUGGGGCACAGAGCUCCUAUUGGCCUGCAGUGGAUGAGAGAGGGAGAUGUGUCCUGGAGUUAAAUCAGGAGGCUGACGCCGACUCCUGGCUUCACCUCUCAGAUGUGGAGAAGCUCAAGCUAAAUAUAGCUUGAGUUGGAGCAUGUGUGUCCAGAGGCCAGGUUAAGAAGACAGCCCGCCUGGCUCCAGGUCUCUGAGGAACAGUGGGAGGUUAAAUAGACUGUGCAUCCUGGAGACAUUGGGAGUUUCCCCUGCUUUGCCCAGGAUCCUUAGUGUGAGGCUUGUCUUGAUCUGAUACAGUGCUGGCACCUUCCGACAGCGCGGCCCCCUCCCAUCGCUACCGCACACUCAUAGGCUGACUUAUGCUGAGCGGGCAGCAGCUUCCCCUUCGCAGCCCUUUCAGGAAGUAACCUCCCUUCCCCUCUGAAGCGCUCUCCCAGCCUCCAGCCCCUUGCAAGCCACCCACCAGGCUUCUUCCCACCUGCAGCACUCUGGGCUACCUCAGGACUCUUGGGGUGCCCACUCCCCAGGGUCAGGCCAUGGAGGCAGGUGAGAAAAGUUACCAACAGACUGUUGUGGGCCUGAUACUGUCUGGGUCUGGGUGGCAUGGGCACGGAAUGGCUGGAGCUCUCUCAGCGUCCCUAAACUACAAACACCUAAAGAUUCUGGAGAUGGGAGAGCCCUGGUUGCUUGGCCAAGUAGGUAAAGCUAAGCUAGAGAAAAAAAAAGUUACUCGAAGUCUGAGCAGAAACUAAAUAUUGGGUUUUGCGGGCCUUCCCAGAAACCUGUGGGGUCUUCUAAAAAUGAUUUAAGAGCAUUAACUGUUUCAGAAGGUUCUUGUGGUGUUGCUACUGUCAGAGCAGGAAGGUCAGAGACCUGUGAGAAUGCUAAGGCUUGUAUGGUGUGAAUGAUGACAUUGCAGGCCUUUAUAGAAAAUACUGUGUUCUCUGAGAUGUAAUUGUAGAGGGUGGAGAGGGGCAGGCCUUUAAAGGAAUGGGUGAGCAAUGUGUCAGAUGUGUGUUGUGAGUUUGGGCUCUUUGGGAAGAGAGGGCUGAUAUCACUAAGAAGGAGGGACCUAGUGGUCUCUAAGGAGCUAUAGUGGGAUCUUGAGAGUCUGGUGAUGUCACAGGCAGGAGAGUUCAGGAUUGGCUGAUCAUUUAUCCUUUCCUUAGAAGAACUAGGAAGAGAAAAGAAGAGGGGUUCAUGGGAACCAUGGGAACACUAGCCUCCGGUUGCCAUGGGAAUACUAGCCUCUCUUGCUUCAUCUUUUUCUCAAUUAACCAUUCCAGAUGCCGUGAGUGAAGGGGGGGCCAUGGCGGAUGAGCGGCCUCCCCGGUUGGUGGAUUACUUUGUGGUGGCUGGGCUUGCAGGAAAUGGAGCCCCUAUACCUGAGGAGACGUGGGUUCCUGAACCUACUGGGCCCCUGCGCCCUCCCCGGCCAGCUGAACCUAUUACAGACGUGGCAGUCAUCGCCAGAGCACUGGGCGAGGAAGUGCCCCAGGGUUAUACAUGCAUCCAGACUUCUGCUGGUGGCCACCCCUUGGAGCUCAGUGCUGGGCUCCUGGGUGGAACUCAACCAGCCAUCUGCUACCGUAGGGGGCGUGACAAGCCCCCCCUCGUUGAGCUGGGGGUGUUAUAUGAAGGGAAGGAACGGCCCAAACCUGGCUUCCAAGUGCUUGACACAACACCAUAUAGUCACUCAGCCAACCUGGCCCCUCCAGGCCCUGGACACCCCCGCACCUACCUCAUGUACCGGCGGGCCGCAGACGGGGCAGGGUUGCAUGCCCUGGGCAUCACUGACCUUUGCCUGGUUCUGCCCAGCAAGGGUGAGGGCACUCCUCACACUUACUGCCGGCUGCCCCGCAACCUCAACCCUGGCAUGUGGGGCCCAGCAGUGUACCUGUGCUACAAGGUGGGCCUGGCCAAAGCCAACACACUGGUGUAUGAGGCAGAGCUGCUGGGCCGCUACCCAGAGGAAGACAACGAGGCAUUCCCACUGCCCGAGUCAGUGCCGGUCUUCUGCCUGCCCAUGGGAGCCACCAUCGAGUGCUGGCCUGCUCAGACCAAGUACCCGGUGCCCGUCUUCUCCACCUUCGUGCUCACGGGUGCUGCUGGAGAUAAGGUGUAUGGUGCCGCCUUGCAGUUCUAUGAAGCGUUCCCGAGGGCCAGGCUGUCAGAGAGGCAGGCACGGGCACUGGGCCUGCUGAGUGCCGUGGAACGGGGCCGGGCACUGGGGGGCCGAGCGGUGCGCAGCCGGCGAGCCAUUGCUGUGCUGUCCCGCUGGCCGGCUUUCCCAGCCUUCAGAGCCUUCCUCACCUUCCUUUACCGCUACUCCGUCUCAGGCCCCCAUCGUCUGCCCUUGGAAGCGCACAUCUCCCACUUCAUUCACAACGUCCCGUUCCCUUCCCCACAGAGACCGCGCAUCCUAGUGCAGAUGUCUCCCUAUGACAACCUGCUCCUCUGUCAACCUGUCUCCUCACCCCUGCCCCUCAGUGGUGCUAGCUUUCUGCAGCUGCUGCAGAACCUGGGCCCCGAAUUGGCUAUUACAUUGCUGCUGGCUGUGCUCACAGAGCACAAACUUCUGGUCCACUCACUGCGGCCAGAUCUGCUCACCAGUGUCUGUGAGGCCCUUGUCUCCAUGAUCUUCCCUCUGCACUGGCAGUGCCCCUACAUUCCGCUGUGCCCGCUGGUGCUGGCGGAUGUGCUGAACGCCCCUGUGCCCUUCAUUGUGGGUAUCCACUCCAGUUAUUUCGAUCUGCAUGAUCCACCUGCUGAUGUCAUCUGUGUUGAUCUUGAUACCAACACACUCUUCCAAACGGAGGAGAAGAAGCCCCUCUCUGCUAGGACCCUGCCCCGCAGACCAUACAAGCUUUUGCUGGCCACACUGACAAAUCUGUACCAGCAGCUGGAUCAGACUUACACUGGACCAGAAGAGGAGGCCUCCCUGGAGUUCCUGCUGACAGACUACGAGGCUGUAUGUGGCCGCAGGACGCGCCUGGAGCGGGAAGUCCAGGGAGCCUUCCUGCGCUUCAUGGCUUGUCUGCUCAAAGGCUACAGGGACUUCCUGCGCCCUCUCACCCAGGCCCCAUCUGAGGGGUCUCGAGAUGUAGACAACCUCUUCAACCUUCAGGGUUUCCUCAAGUCUCGGGAACGCUCUAGCCACAAGCUGUACUCCCAGCUGCUGCACACGCAGAUGUUCUCACAGUUCAUCGAGGAAUGCUCUUUUGGCUCUGCCCGGCAUGCUGCCCUUGAAUUCUUUGACUCUUGUGUCGAUAAGGUUCACCCAGAGCAGGAGAAACCUGAGCCAACGCCCUUAGUGGAGCUGGAGGAGCUAUCAGGAAGUGAGCUCACUGUCUUCAUCACCCCACCAGAGGAGCCCCCGCUACUAGAAGGCAGUGAAUCUACUCCCCAGUACUGUUAUGAUGGGUUUCCAGAGCUAAGAGCUGAACUGUUCGAGUCUCCUCAGGAACAACAGGGAGCCCUGCCUGUGCCGGGCCCAUCACGGAGUGCCCCCAGCAGUCCUGCUCCUCGUCGUACCAAGCAGGAGAUGAAGGUUGCGCAGCGAAUGGCACAGAAGUCAGCCACUGUGCCUGAGCUGUGGGCCCGGUGCCUACUGGGUCACUGUUAUGGACUGUGGUUCCUGUGCCUGCCUGCCUAUGUGCGUGCAGCACCCUCCCGAGUGCGAGCACUGCAUAAAGCCUACCAUGUGUUGCGUGAGAUGGAGAGCCGCAAGGUGGUGCUCCCUGAUGAGGUAUGUUACCGGGUGUUAAUGCAGCUCUGCUCACACUAUGGGCAGCCUGUGCUGUCUGUACGAGUCAUGCUGGAGAUGCGGCGGGCAGGCAUUGUGCCCAACACCAUCACCUACGGUUACUACAACAAGGCUGUGCUGGAAAGCAAAUGGCCAUCUGGUACACCGGGUGGACGCCUACGCUGGGCCAAGCUCCGGAAUGUUGUCUUGGGGGCCGCUCAGUUCCGCCAACCUUUGAAGGACAGACGGCAGCAACAGCAGCAGUGGCAGCAGCAACAGGUGGCUGUGCAUCAAGAGUCGGGCAGCUCUCAGACAGAGCCCUGUCUCGAGCGCCCCUCCCCAACACGCCCUCUUCAGCGCCAGACUACUUGGGCAGGGCGAAGCCUUCGGGAACCAUCCUCACCAACUGGACGCCUGGUCAAGAGUGGCAGCCUGGGCAGUGCCCGAGGGGCACAGCCCACUGUGGAGGCUGGUGUGGCUCACAUGAUAGAGGCCUUGGGGGUCCUCGAACCCCGUGGCUCAGCUGUGCCUUGGCAGGAUGGAAGUCUCUCAGACCUGAGUCUCACAGGGGAAGAACUGGCAUCUGGAGGGAGCCCAGGGGGCUCAGGCUCAGCCCUGAGUGCCCAGUCCACGGAGGCUCUAGAAGGGAUAAGUGGGCGGGGUCCCAAAACUAGUGGAUAUCAGGAGGAGGUGGGCACCCCCAGAAAAGGGCUUGGUGCCCGCCUCCAACAGCUGCUCACCCCUUCCCGCCGCUCCUCUACCUCCCGCAUCCCCCAACCUGAGUUGCCCCCUGACCUGCCUCCUGCGGCCCGCCGGAGUCCCAUGGAUAGCCUGCUGUGGCCCCGAGAACGGCCUGGAUCUACUGCUUCUGAGAGUUCUGCUUCUCUGGGCAGUGAGUGGGAUCUCUCAGAGUCUUCUCUCAGUAGCCUGAGUCUUCGCCGUUCCUCCGAGCGCCUCAGUGACACCCCUGGACCUUUCCAACCACCCUCCCUGGAAAUUCUGCUGUCCAGCUGCUCCCUGUGCCGCGCCUGCGAUUCUCUGGUGUAUGACGAGGAAAUCAUGGCUGGCUGGGCACCUGAUGACUCUAACCUCAAUACAACGUGCCCCUUCUGCUCCUGUCCCUUUGUGCCCCUGCUCAGUGUCCAGACCCUUGAUUCUCGACCCAGUGCCCCUAGCCCAAAGUCUGCCCUUGCUGGUGCCAGCGGCAGCAAAGAUGCUCCCGUUCCCGGGGGUCCUGGCCCUGUGCUCAGUGACCGGAGGCUCUGCCUUGCCCUGGAUGAACCCCAGCUCUGCAAUGGGCAUAUGGGGAGUGCUCUCCGGAGAGUUGAGAACGGGGCAUGGGCAUACCUGAGCCCUCUGGUGCUUCGGAAGGAGCUGGAGUCUCUGGUAGACAAUGAGGGCAGCGAGGUGUUGGCAUUGCCUGAGCUGCCAGCUGCCCACCCCAUCAUCUUCUGGAACCUCCUGUGGUAUUUCCAACGGCUGCGCCUGCCCAGUAUUCUGCCAGGCUUGAUGUUGGCCUCCUAUGAUGGGCCUUCACCCCGCCAGUCCUCCCAGGGACCAUCUCCUUGGCUCACCCCUGAUCCAGCCUCUGUGCAUGUGCGUCUGCUAUGGGAUGUCCUGAGCCCUGAUCCCCACAGCUGCCCACCGCUCUAUGUGCUCUGGAGGGUCCACAGCCAGAUCCCACAGCGAGUAGUAUGGCCAGGCCCAGUACCCUCUUGUCUUAGCCUGGCAUUACUGGAGUCAGUGCUGCGCCAUGUUGGACUCAAUGAGGUUCAUAAAGCUGUCGGGCUCCUGCUGGAAACUCUAGGGCCUCCUCCCGCUGGCCUGCACCUGCAGAGGGGGAUCUACCGUGAGAUCUUAUUCUUGACGAUGGCUGCUCUGGGCAAGGACCACGUGGACAUAGUGGCUUUCGACAAGAAGUACAAGUCUGCCUUUAACAAGCUGGCCAGCAGCAUGGGCAAGGAGGAACUGAGGCGGCGGCGGGCGCAGAUGCCUACUCCCAAGGCCAUUGACUGCCGAAAAUGUUUUGGAGCACCUCUGGAAUGCUAGGGACCCUAAAGUUUUCCUCUCCUGCCUUGGGUAGACAGGCGAGGAAGAGUGGAUUCUAGACAUAGCUUGGCUCCCUAUUCCCUUCAUAGAGGAACUGGAAACAGGCUGUUCAGCCAUAGGCUCCAAGUGGAAAUAGCAGGAAGAUGAACUCACUGUUAGCAAAAGUCACAAUUCCCGCAGCUCCCACCUGCCCAGUUUGUUCAUGCUGAUGUUGGGGAGAGCUGGGGAAGUUGGCACAACUCCAUUCUUUCUCCGUCCUAUUCCAGGGUACCCUCAGAUCUGCAGCACCCUGGUAGAAUUAGAAGUUUUUGUUUUAAAAAACAACUGGAAAGAUUUAGAGUUCCUGAGCCUUUGCCCUGAAUGGGAGGGAGGAAUUUCACUCCCCACCUCUCUUCCCUGACAUUGCUAAAGGAGCCCAAGGCAAUCUUAGUGUUGUAUUUUAUUUAGUUAUUUAUUCUGAGGCCACAGCUCCUAUACUUAUGAGAUUCUCAAGGAGCACAAGAAAGAGAAGGGAAUUAGGUUUGUAGCUCCUUGAGAGCCAUGCACUGGGACUUAGAGGAGUCCCAAGCUUCCCUUGGGAAGAAUUGGUGCCUCUUCUAGUCCCGAUCCUUCUUGUCCACUCUACCUUGGGGAAUGCCUCUCCUGUUCAUGGCCUUGACCUGUGCAAUAAGGAUUGUUCUCUGCAAAGUGUUGUUGUAUGUAAAUAUAGUAAAAGCUGCUUCUGUCUUUUUUC